AUGACAUCGCCAUUUCCUGCCAUCGAUGUGCCCUCUGUCGACCUCUGGUCCUUUCUCUUCGAACGUGGCGACCGCCCGUAUCCCGAGCAGAAGGCCCUGUUCACCGAUGCUGACACCGGUCGCUCCCUGAACUAUGGACAGAUUCGGCAGCAGGCUUUGACUUUUGGCCACUCGCUGCGCCGCAAAUGGAACUGGCAGAAUGGCGACGUGCUGGCUGUCUUUGCCCCUAACUCUAUUGAUUUGCCUCCUCUGAUCUGGGGUACCCUGGCUAUCGGCGGUGUUGUCUGCCCUAUCAACCCCAGCUACCGUGCCGAGGAGCUGCUACACCCGCUGAAAGAUGCGAAGGCGAAGGCUCUGGUGACGCAGCGCGCGCAGUACCCCGUGGCCAUGGAGGCUGCGAAGAAGGCCGGUCUGCCGGCUGAUCGCGUUCUCAUCCUCGAUGAGCUGCCGCGCGAUAUGGCUGAGGAUGGCGUCACUUACGGACCGCACAAGGCGCCCGUCGCGCGACCGGACACCGACCUGGCCUUUUUGGUCUACUCGUCCGGCACGACGGGUCUGCCCAAGGGUGUGAUGCUGUCGCAUCGCAACAUGGUCGCAAAUCUGUUGCAGUCGGCAUCCGUCGAUCAGGGCGUUCUCGCCUGGAACAAGGGCCUCAAUGGCGAGGGGGAUCGCGCUCUUGCGCUUCUCCCAUUCUUCCAUAUUUACGGCCUCACUUAUCUCCUCAACCACACUAUCUACCUCGGUCUACACACUUUUGUCAUGCCGCGCUUCCAAUUUGACGCCUUCUGCCGCACCGUGCAAGACCAGCGCAUCACCUACGCGUACGUCGUGCCUCCUGUUAUCCUGGAACUGGUAUCCAACCCCCGUGUGUCGCAAUACGACCUACGAUCUCUGCGCAUGAUGCUCUCCGCUGCUGCGCCCCUCGCCACGGAACUCAUCCACGCCCUGCGCGAAAAGCUCGACCUCUCGGUCCGCCAGGCCUACGGAAUGAGCGAAUGCGCCCCGUGCACUCACAUGCAGACAUGGUCCGAAGCGCGCUCACACCCCGGCUCCGUCGGCCGUCUCCUCCCCAACAUGACGGCCAAAUACGUCCCCGUGGAAGGCGAAACUGGCCGCUCCGCCGAACUCUGGGUCAAGGGUCCCAACGUGUUCCUCGGAUACCUGAACAACCCAAAAGCCGACGCCGAGUCCUUCUCCGAAGACGGAUACUACAAGACCGGCGACGUGGGCUACGAAGACAAAGACGGCCACUUCUUCAUCACCGACCGCGUGAAGGAACUCAUCAAGUAUAAUGGUUUCCAGGUCGCGCCGGCUGAGCUGGAGGAUAUUGCAUUGGGUCAUCUCGGCGUGGCCGAUGUUGCCGUGACGGGUAUUAAGAGCGGACAGUCUGGGACGGAGUUGCCCAGGGCUUAUGUGGUUCCUGCGCCGGGGUAUUCGGCUGGUAAGCCGUUGGCGGAUGAGAUCAUUGCGUUUGUGGCGGAGAAGGUUAUUAGUUAUAAGAAGUUGAGGGGUGGCGUGCAUUUUAUGGAUGCAAUUCCUAGGAACCCGUCGGGGAAGAUUUUGCGGAGGGAGUUGAAGAAGUUGGAUCGGGCUGCGAAGUUGUAG